UUUAGUUCCUUAAGGAGCUAUAUCAACCUGUUCCACAAGUAUAUGAUUGGAGAAUACUUAUUUAGCUGUUAAUUCAAUAUAUGUCUGUUAUAUUAGACAAAAUGUCUGUUGUUCUACGAUGCAGGUUUUCAUAGUUUUUCUAUACCCCUUAAUGACAUCCUCUGGUUAAACAAAUAUUAAUCAGUUUUUGUAAAGCUGCUCCAGCAGGCCACAGAAAUUUGCACUUCUGGAGCUUUCAUUUCUUUAGCCCUUGAGACUAUGCUAGGUCUUAGAGAUUCCCAAGGCAUAAUUUGCCUUACAGGUGAAGAUUUCAGAGUUAGUGGCCUGACCACAAAACAGACCUCAGGUAGAGACCAGAUAAGAAAGUUGAUGACUUUAGUUAAGUAGAGCACAUCUGAAAGGGAAGAAUUAAAAUUAAGGGCCAGUCAAGGCUUCUUUUCAGUUAACACCAAUCCAUUUAUUAGUGCCUUUUAGUUACUGCUAUGUAGCAAUUUUAAAUGUCUUGUUGAACCACAUUUUAUUAGCAUUAUCCCCAUUCUGAUAUUUUGAAGAUGUGAUGAGGGUGGGGUGGGGGAGCCUUGACAGAAGUGAAGUAGAAUAGGGCAGACUAUCUCUGCAGUACGGGAAUAUUAUACACUUUGGGGGGCUGUAUCCUUUCAAAAAGAUCAUCAGUCAACUGGUAGCUCUUAUCCUUUGGCCAGAGCUAGUUAUCAGUAUAUACCUUUUUGUGAAGAACAUUGCAAAGACCCAAGGCUAGAACUUAGCUCCGUGGGAGGCAAACCACAGUUGUCCUCAAAUACUUCAAAGAAACCAUUCUGAGGGAAAAGAGCUCAUUGUUUUCCAAAGAGUGAUCAGUUAUAGCAGGAAAGACAAAAAAUGAGGGCAGUGUGAAAAUGACUGUCAUUCCUUAUGUUAGAUGUGCUUUAACAGAGGUUAGGUCAGCAGGAAUUCUGGCAAUGGGAUUAAUGUACUGUAUCAGGCGAGAUAGCAGAAUCCCAUGUGAUGCAGUCUUCGCAUUAACAUCUCUGUCCCUUAUCAAAUUAGAAGAGAAUCUUUGCUGAUUUCUUUCAGACUGUGAUAAAUAACUGUGAGCCCAAAGCUUCCCAUUCCUGCAGUGACUGUAAAAGAGGAUUGAAGCAGACAGUCUGUAGCCUAGAAUAAGAUCUCUUUAACUUUGCUUACUAAUUGCCACCCUGGCAUUAGUUUAAACCUAGAAUUUAAGCCCUAAUUUUCUAUGUAGUAACGAUAACCAUGGUUUUUAUGGUUUACAUAUGCAAGUUCUUUGGCUUGUCCAUCUCUGUAAAGGUAGAAGGUUACCGAUUUUUUAACGAGAGACAAUGUGUAGUAAGUAUGUGACAAAAGAGGAUGGGCAUUGGCAGUGGUCACACCUGGUUUUGAAUUCUGGCUCUCCCACAUGGUAGCUUUUCAAUUCUUUCAAGUUCAUUUUUUUCAUUCAUAAGUGGGGCAUUUACCUUUUUGGGGGGUUGUGAGAGUAGGUGAGAGAGUAUAGAAUGGUUAGCACAUUGAUUGGUUCAGUUAGUGAAGGUUGCUUUGCAAGAGCUGUUAUUGUAAUCAGACCAAGUGAUCCUUGAGGUCUCUUCUUAACUCUUCAGUUUUGUGAUUCGAAAGUUAACACAAUCAUCUGCACCAGCCCUGUGCAAAUAGAACAACUCAUGUAAGACUUAGUGAUUUGGGGCUUCAUUUAUGUUCUUGAGAAUUAAUAAUUUUAGCUGUCGUUAGUGAGCAGACAAGUGACUCUCUGACAACCUCCAUUAUAGACAAAACAUCCCAGAUAAUGAAGUAUCGACUGUCUCCCUACUUACCAUACCAAAACCCCUGCAGUGGUGGAAGUAAUCUGCCUUACUGUUCCCAUCUGGUGGAUGGAACACAGUCAGCCUCCCAGAUAAAUAGCUUUCUGUGAGCUCAGCAUCCUUUCAGUUUGGUUCACUUGGAUACUCUUAGCUAACUUGCAUUUGUCUUUUUCAGAAAUGAAAUUUUCAUUUUUCAGAAUGUCAUUUCAAUUUCAAUUCAUUUUCAGUUUUCAGAAUGUCAUUUUUCCAAAAUGUCCAGGGAGUGAUAAACACAGGAUAGAGUAAUUAUUAGGAAAUGGAUAGACCAAGAGAACCUGGUUUGUUGGGAUUUAGGUUAGAACUGGGAGCUUCCUCACAUCUUACUCAUUUUUUAGUUGUGUGCUCUGCAGAGCCCUAGAGGUUCUCUGGACCAGAGAGUACCUUUGGGUUGGGGAAGGGGGGAGGGGGGCGGUGCUGAUCAGGUAGGUGGUCCUUCCUCAGCCACCAGUCCAGUAAUAGGUGCAAGUUAUCCAGGUUAAAAGUGUGUUGUUCCUAGUCGAAGAUUUCUGUGCCUUAAACACCACCAAGGCAGUGAUAAAAAGCCUUAGCUCUGUAAGAUAUUAACUCAGGAUAAGUGGGGUUUCUGACACAUGUCCUCUUUUGCGUAAGGAAUAUGUUUUCUGUUUAACCAUUUUUCAGCUGUAGUGUCAGUCUUACAAAAUUUUUAAAAUGACACCUUUGGUUAACUUUUGAUAAAAAUUAGAAGUGACUAGUAAAUGUUCAUGAACAGAAAGGUGAACUUGCCUCUAAAUACUUCUGAAUUUCUCAGGCUUCACAGAUUCCAGUUUUCUCACACUAUUGAAGAAGAUGCCAGACGUCGAACAGCUAUAUGGCCUUCACCCUAGAUACCUUGAGAGGCGAAGGGUACGGGGGCAUGAGGCUUUUAGCAUUCCAGGAGUUCUGGAAGCUUUGCAGGCAUGCCCAAACUUAGUGGGGUGAAUGUUCCUGAAAUUCCUUGUAUCCCGAUGCUAAGGCACCUUUAUAUGAAAUGGGUAAGACUCACCAAACCACAGCCGUUCAAAGACUUCCUUUGCAUCAGUUUACGAACUUUCGUCAUGAGGAACUGUGCAGGACCCACAAACUCCUUGAAGUAUGUCCCCUUAGUAACAGGCUUAGCCUCUGCCCGAAACUUGGAACAUUUGGAAAUGGUUCGAGUUCCUUUCCUUGGAGGUCUUAUCCAACACGUAGUUGAAGACAGUUGGAGAUCAGGUGGUUUUAGAAAUUUGCACACUAUUGUUUUGGGAGCUUGCAAAAAUGCUCUUGAAGUAGAUCUUGGUUACCUCAUCAUCACUGCUGCUCGUAGGUUACAUGAAGUUCGGAUCCAGCCUUCCCUAACCAAAGAUGGCGUCUUUUCUGCCCUAAAGAUGGCAGAGUUGGAGUUCCCCCAGUUUGAAACACUUCAUCUGGGAUAUGUAGAUGAGUUUUUGCUGCAGAGUAGAAUGGCGAAUGCAGAUCUGGUAAAGUAUGGUUUGGCCGAUGUGGUAGAAAAUCCUGGUAUCAUCACCGAUAUAGGGAUGAAGGCAGUCAAUGAAGUUUUUUCCUGUAUCAAAUACCUGGCAAUUUAUAAUUGCCCCCAUCUACAUAACCCAUACAAUUGGAUCUCAGACCACUCAAGAUGGACUCGAUUGGUUGAUAUCAACUUAGUGCGGUGCCACGCUUUGAAGCUGGACUCCUUUGGCCAGUUUAUUGAAUUGUUGCCCAGCCUGGAGUUUAUUUCGCUAGACCAGAUGUUUCGUGAGCCACCCAAAGGCUGUGCUCGAGUUGGUCUAAGUGCAGGCACAGGAAUCGGGGUUUCCUCGGCCCUUGUUAGCAACCAGAACUCCAACAAUGACAAUGACAAUAAUGCCCAGAAUAAUGCCAACAUCCACGAUAACAAUCACCAUCAUCCAGAUGACUCCGAUGAGGAGAACGACUUCCGGCCAGACCUGCAGCCAGGAGAGCAGCAGUUUGCAGCCGACGCAUUGAAUGAGAUGGAAGACAUGGUGCCAGAAGACGGAGAGGUGGUGGCUGCGAGCGGACGGGAGAUGGCAGCUCGCAGUCAGGCGGUCAUCCCUGUGGAUGUUGACGAGGAGCAAGCAGGACCCAGUGGUCUUCAGCGUGUUGUAAAACCAACCCCAAUUACUGUUCAUGAUUCAGAGAGUGAUGAUGAGGAAGACAGUCUAGAACUUCAAGAAGUCUGGAUUCCUAAGAAUGGUGCUCGGCGUUACUCUGAGCGUGAAGAAAAAUCUGGAGAGUCCGUGCAGUCCAGGGAAUUGUCAGUAAGUGGAAAAGGCAAGACUCCACUUCGAAAGAGGUACAGCUCCCAUCAGAUGGGCCAGUCGAAGCAGUGUCCCCUCGAGGAAAGCAGCUGUGAGAAAGGCUGUCAGGUCACCAGUGAGCAGAUCAAAGCCGAUAUGAAAGCAGCUAGGGAUAUUCCUGAAAAGAAAAAAAACAAGGAUGUGUAUCCCAGCUGCAGCAGCGCCACCGCCAGCACAGCGGGAGCCUCCAGCUCACACAGCACUGCUUCUCAAAGCCCCGACUUUGUAAGGACGGUGAACAGCGGCGGCUCUUCCGAGCCUAGCCCUUCAGAAGUGGAUGUGUCCAGGCAGUGUGUCUGCUCCCCCGGUGGGUCAGAGGACUCUGAGGCCAUGGAGGAGGGAGAUGCAGAGAGUUCUGUCUGCCCCAGAUGCUGCUGUCACAGGCCCCAGGAACCCCAAAGGAGAACUAGCAGGUGUUCUGAUGAGGAACGUCCUUCAACCAGCCGAGCCUGUGUUGUGAAUGGCCCGGAUGGUACGAGAUCCGCCUUUUCCUUUAGGACUCUGCCACAAGGGGGGUCUUCAGGCCCAGCACAUGAUGAGAGGACUAAUGGGAGUGGCUCUGGGGCUACAGGUGAGGACAGGAGGGGGAGCUCCCAGCCUGAGAGCUGUGACGUGCAGUCUAAUGAAGACUACCCUCGGAGGCCCCUAACAAGGGCGAGGAGCAGACUCUCCCAUGUACCGCUGGUAUCUGAGUCAGAGGUUGCCAAAACAAAGCCACGGCAUGCCAUGAAGCGGAAACGGACAGCAGAUAAGUCCACCAGUACCAGCGACCCUGUGAUUGAGGAUGACCAUGUGCAGGUCCUCGUAUUAAAAUCCAAAAAUCUUGUUGGAGUCACUAUGACCAACUGUGGAAUCACAGAUCUAGUGCUAAAAGACUGUCCCAAGAUGAUGUUCAUCCACGCUACCAGGUGCAGGGUACUGAAACAUUUAAAAGUAGAAAAUGCACCAAUCGUAAAUCGAUUUGACUACGCACAGUGCAAGAAACUGAAUAUGGAUCAAGUACUAGACCAGAUCCUACGGAUGCCUCCUGAGAGAAACCGCAUCAUAUACCUCCGCCCGAUGCAGCAGGUGGACACACUAACAUUGGAACAGAAGCUCUUUAGUGGUCCCUACCCCUAUCACAUCUGUAUUAUCCACGAGUUCAGUAACCCUCCCAAUGUCCGGAACAAAGUGCGUAUCCGCAGCUGGAUGGAUACCAUAGCAAACAUCAAUCAAGAGCUCAUUAAGUACGAAUUCUUCCCUGAAGCCACGCGAAGUGAGGAUGAUUUAAAGAAAUAUCCCAAGUACCCGUGGGGGAGAGAAAUCUAUACUUUAGAAGGGGUUGUGGAUGGAGCUCCGUAUUCCAUGAUCUCUGACUUCCCUUGGUUGAGAUCAUUGCGGGCAGCAGAACCCAACAGCUUCGCCAGAUAUGACUUUGAAGACGAUGAAGAAAGCACCAUCUACGCUCCUCGAAGGAAAGGGCAGCUGUCUGCAGACAUCUGUAUGGAAACAAUAGGAGAGGAAAUCUCGGAGAUGCGUCAAAUGAAGAAGGGUGUGUUUCAGCGAGUAGUGGCAAUUUUUAUCCACUAUUGUGACGUCAAUGGGGAGCCGGUUGAAGAUGACUACAUUUGACUGGUCCCUCCUACUCUCCAGGUAUUCUGGCGGAAAGCCGCUGGGGUCGCUCAGCUGCCGCCGAGUGCCACAGGGAUUCAGGGCAUGCAGUUUGGAAGCCCUGGCACAUUUUGGUAUAUAGGAAAUGUACAAGGAACACUGAAGUUGUAUACAAAGAUUUGUACAUAAAGAAAACAUACAAAGACAGUUCCUGAGUACCAACUUUAUAUCAUAUGUUUAUACAAUUUAAUUUAAGAAUUCAUUUUAAUGAAGGCAGAUAAUUGGAAAGAGUUCAUUUCGUUCAUUUUCGUUCAUUUUUCCUGACUUAGUUCAUAAAGUGUCACUUUUUGGCUGAGCCCCCAAUUUACUAUAUUCUUGAUAAUCAUUGUCAUCCCCUUAAAUCUGUGCCUUUUUCUUCUCGAGCAAAGCUGUUUGAGUAAAUCUGUUGAAGAGUC